AUGGUCAUCUUCUUCACGUCAAAGGCGGUUACUCCUCCGGUAACGAUAUACAUGGGAAGAGAUAAAGUUGAAAAUGAAGAACUGUUGAAAUGUGGAUUACCUACAGAUAUAUGGUUUCACGUAGAUAAACUCUCCUCGGCACAUGUAUACCUUCGACAACCACCUGAUCAACCUCAUGGUGAAUGGGAUAAAUUACCGUCGGCAUUAUUGAACGAUGCUGCUCAAUUAGUAAAAGCGAAUAGUAUAGAGGGUAAUAAGAAGGAUAAUAUAACUGUGAUAUAUACCCCUUUCCCAAAUCUAAAGAAAUCAGGAGAUAUGGCUGUGGGACAAGUUUCUUUUCAUUCGGAUAGGAAGGUGAAACGAGUACAUGUCCCUGCUAGGGAUAAUGCUAUAGUGAAUCGACUGAACAAAACGAAGAUCGAAAAAGAAGUGGAUCACGAAGCUGAAAGACAAGAUAGACUGAGGGAAGAAGGAAAGAAGAAGAAAUCAGAGGCUGUUGAAAGGGCAAAGAAAGAGCAAGAACAGAAAAAGUUAUGGGAAGAAGAGAAGAAAGCUCGUUCAUAUGAUGGCAUGUAUACUGAAGACGCUUUUGCGGAGAAGGAACAAUGGAGUGAUGAUGAUUUCAUGUGA